UCGGUAAAAUGAAGUAAUAAUGGGUAAAAAUGUUUUUACGUUAUUUGAAAUUGGUCUGUUCUUAACAGUUGGCUGAUAUGUUUCUUUAUUUCUUCUUUUUGUUUUUUAUUUAUUGCAGACAUACAAAGAUGAACUACUGUGGUCUGCUUACUGCCCAGAAGAACCCAGUUCCUCUGCAGAGUGUGGAGGUGGAACUGCAGGUGAAGGACCAUGUGGCUACAGUCAUCUCCACUCUGAACUACCAGAACAAGGAGGACAAACCUGUAGAGGCAGUUUUUGUCUUCCCUCUGCCUGGAGAUGCUGCUGUGUGUCAUUUCAGUGCUAAGAUUGGACAGACACACAUUGUAGCUGAGCUGAAGGAGAAGCAGCAGGCUCGUGAGGAGUAUGAUGAUGCUCUGAGUUCAGGGCAGCAGGCCUUCCUGUUGGAGGAGAGUGAACAGAGUCCGGACAUCUUCUCUCUGAGUGUGGGCAGUCUGCCUCCAGGGGAGAGCGCCUCCAUCAGGCUGGAGUAUGUCAUUGAGCUGGCUGUGGAGGCUGAUGAGGGGCUGAGGUUCUGUCUGCCUGCUGUGCUCAACCCCCGGUACCAACCUCAAGGUACUGAAGGUCCUGAACUCCCGGUGAACUCAGUUCCAGCCUCUGAGGUUCCCUACAGUCUGUCCUUUUCUGCACGAGUGUCCUCUCCUCGUCCAGUUUCCAAAGUAGAGUCCAGCUGUUCUCUGGAGCCUCUUCAGUUCCUGAACUCUGAUCACACAGAGGCUGCUGUUAAGCUGGCUGCAGGACACAAGUUUGACAGAGAUGUAGAGCUGCUGAUUUAUUACAAAGAUGCUCACCAGCCCUCUGCUGUGGUGGAGGCAGGACAGGACUCUGCUGAGCCUGGCACUCUGUUGGGUGACCCUGUGGUGAUGCUGAGUCUGUACCCAGAGUUCCCAGAGUCGGUGAUGUCCUCACGCGCCUCAUGUGGAGAGUUUGUGUUCCUGUUGGAUCGAUCUCAGAGCAUGGGCUCUCUAAUCAGGAACAACAACAACUGGCAUGAAACUCGCAUCAGCAGUGCAAGGGAUACUCUGCUGUUCCUUUUGAAGAGUUUACCAAUGGGCUGCUACUUCAACAUCUAUAGUUUUGGGUCCAGAUAUGAAAGCAUUUUUCCCAUGAGUGUGGAAUACAGUGAGAAGAGCAUGGAGGAGGCUCUGAAGAAAGUUGAGAUGAUGGAGGAUGAUUUGGGAGGAACAGAGAUUCUUCAGCCUCUCAAACACAUUUACAGUCAGCCAUGCAUCCUCAACCAGCCUAGACAGCUGUUUGUCUUCACUGAUGGAGAGGUGGGGUACACAAAGGAAGUUCUGGAUCUAGUUAGGAAGAAUGCAGCUUCUCACAGGUGUUUCUCUUUUGGGAUUGGAGAAGGAGCCAGCUCUGCUCUCAUCAAUGGGUUGGCUCAGGAGGGCAGAGGUCAGGCUCAGUUCAUCACAGGAAGUGAAAGGAUGCAGGCAAAAGUGAUGCAGUCGCUGAAGUUUGCACUACAGCCUGUUGUCAAAGACAUCUCUGUCACAUGGGAUUUACCAGAGGGAGUGUCUGCCACUGUCCUCUCUCCACCAAUCACAACCAUUUUCCAGGGUCAGAGGUCACUACUUUAUGCCCAAGUCUGUGGAAAGGUACUGAAUUCAGAAACUGACUGCAGUGUGACAGUGAGUUACACUCUGGCAGAUCAUCCCUUUAAGAACCAGCUACAGUUUAACCUGAAUCCUGCAAAGGACACUGGGCUAACAGUCCACAGGUUAGCCGCUCGUUCUAGGAUUCGCUCUCUGGAGUUUGAGGAAAGAGAGAACAGAGGAAAGUCAGAUGAAGACGUGAAGAAGAAGGUGGUGGAGCUCAGUGUCCAAUCAGGAGUGAGCAGUGGUCACACUGCCUUCAUUGCUGUCAACAAGGACAGUGGUGAUGCUGUUCAAGGACCUCUGGUGCGCAGAGAUGUUCCAACCCCUGGCAGGAGAUUAAGCUGCAUGGUGUUUCAAAGCUCCCCGCAUUCUUGUUUGCCGAGGAGGAGGCCUACAGUUUUUAUACCUCACUCGACUCCUGUCUUUGCAUCACAAGCCUCUGAGCCCGAGCCGCCCCGCAGAGACCCUCUGCUGCAGCUGGUUUCCCUCCAGAAGGCGUCCGGCUGCUGGAUGCUGGAUGCAGCUCUUGCCUCAGUGCUGGGAAAAAACAAUAAGGAGGUAGAGGAGUCAAAACCUGCAGAGGUCAGCAGUGAGGUGUGGGCCACCAUUCUGGCUCUGACCUGGCUUCAUGGAUUCAAGAUGGAUGCAAAGGAUGAAUGGGAGCUUCUGGCUGUGAAGGCUGCUUCAUGGGUCCAAGCCCAGAAUGCUCCAUGUGUGAAGGAGUGUGUUGAUGCUGCAAAUGCACUGCUGGGCUGCAGAGUGCAGAAGGAAGCUCUGGGGCUCUGAAGAAGGAACUGAAGUUUAACUCUGUGACAGAAGAUUUCAUGUUACAACUCAUGUUACUCUGUGCUAUUAUUAACGUUUACGCAUUGCUUCCUCUUGGUGUUAUGAUGGUAAAAUGUUUGCAUUUUAAACAGCUUUUAAACAAAUGUAGAAUACAAGUUGUGCUGCAUUUUAUAAAGGUUGUUCUCCUCCUGCA